AUGGCCCAGGAACAGUACAGGGAUUAUCUGGCGGCAAGAAUCCUUGCUGAGAAUAAGGCUGUCACCUAUAGGCUUCUCAGCAGAGCGCUCAAGACCAAUGUCAACACAGCAAAACGAAUGCUCGCUGAGUUUUACAAGACGCAAAAUGCACGCAAGCCGAAAUCUGUUCACGCCACCUAUCUCCUCACCGGUACACCUCGAAACAGCGAACAGAGCAAUGGCUCCAAAAUCCGAAAAGGCGACGACACCGAUAUGCGCAGCUCUCCAUUCAUGAGUUCCAUGCCCGACCAAGAGGAAAAUGAAGACUCGGAUUACGACAGCAGUCCUGACGAUGAGAAUACUCCUGCACCAAGAGGCGUCAAAGAGACUCAAGUCUUGCUAGUUCGGGAGGAGGAGUUUGAGGAGACACUUGCAGGACUGGAAGAAGGCGCAUCUGCCCAUUUCUACAGUCUAGAACCCGGGCCACUCGAGAUCUUCGGAGUGUUGUCUAUGUGUAACCACGAGGUUACGACAAAGUACGCAGAUGUGAACCCUUUGGAGCGAUGGAAGACGUAUGGGUCAAUUCGUAACGAGUACAUCAAGAGAAGGACUGCGAAGUACGCCCCUCCCGCCGCAGCCAGUUCCUCAAAAGUUUCCGCAAAGCCAGCAUCCAAGCCUGCUGAGAAGCCAGCCAGCAAACCUGCUGCAACUUUGGGUACAAAGGACAAGGAAAGCACUGAGGAAAAUGCAUCGGGGCGGCCAACUCCACAAUCUUCUGCGGGCACAAGUACACUCAAGCGGUCCGACUCCAAGCCGGGAGCGAAGAAGGACAAGGCAUCCAGUGAUAUAUUCAAGUCAUUUGCCAAGGCCAAGCCAAAGGCGAAGGAGUCUACACCUGCUCCAGUCGAAGACGAACCAAUGCAAGGCAUGUCCGAGGACGAAGGCGAUCCAGACGAUGAGCCCGAGGUCAAGAUUGACGAAGAGAAGAACGAAGCAGCUCGCAAAGCUCGUGAGGAGCGAGCGGAGCGAUUACGCAAGAUGAUGGAAGACGAUGACGAAGACAUGCCCGACGCACCAGCAGCAGCAGAAUCACAGACUGAAACUACUCCGGCAGCACCCGCCGCAGCUGAUGCCGCAGAGCCAGCAGAGGGCGAGGCCACGUUCACGGUGACGAAUGGCCGGAGACGCGGCCGAAGACGAGUGAUGAAGAAGAAGAAGGUCAAGGAUGAGGACGGCUAUCUAGUCACCAAAGAAGAGGCAGUCUGGGAGUCGUUUUCGGAAGAGGAGCCUGUACCGAAGAAGGUCAAGCCUGCACCGGCGAAACCAGCAAGCUCUGCAAAGGGCAAGAAUGCGGGUAAGAAGGGGCAGGGUAGUAUUGCCAGCUUUUUCAAGAAGGCUUGA